AGUGAACAGUGGCACUCACCAAGCACAACAUGACCCCAACAGCAGCAGAUACCGGCCGUUCCGGCCCAGAGGUCCGAAUCCUCACCCCCAACGCCAUGCUUGGCUACGGCUAUCGAUUGCAAGACUUUUGGCGAGGUGUGCACCAACACCGGCCCCAUGCGAUCAUCCUCGACUCGGGAAGCACCGACGGCGGACCGUACAAGCUUGGGCUGGGCAACCUGACCUGUGCCCGGUCAAGCUAUGAAAGAGACCUGCGCCCCAUGCUGGCCGCCGCCUAUCACCACGGUAUCAAGAUCCUCAUCGGUAGCGCAGGAGGAAGCGGCAGUAACAGGCACGUCGACGCCAUCUCGUCCGUCAUUGAGGACAUCUGCCAGAAGGAGGGAUACAGUUUCAAGCUGGCCGCCAUCUACGCCAACGUCGAUGGCGCCGUCGUCAAGGACAAGAUUCGUGCCGGCAAAGUACAGCCCUGCGGGCCAGUAGAGAUGCUGGAAGAGGCAGAAGUGGAUCGGGCGACGGCGAUUGUGGCCCAGAUGGGCGCCGAGCCCUACAUGGCCACGCUGAGAGACGCUGACCCGGACAUUAUCAUCGGUGGGCGCUCGUACGACCCAGCUCCCUUUGCUGCGUUUUCCAUCUUUCAUGGCGUCGAGCCUGCCACGGCAUGGCACUGCGGCAAGAUUAUGGAGUGCGGUGGCAUGUGCGCCGUGCCCAAGGGCAGAACUAUGCUCGCCACGCUCCACCGCGACUCGUUUGACCUGCUGCCCAUGAGCCUCGAGGAGCGCUGUACCAAGCUCUCUGUGGCCGCCCACACCCUCUACGAGAAGACGCGGCCCGACCUUCUCCCCGGUCCUGGUGGUCGCCUCCACCUAGCCGGAGCGACGUACGAGGAGCUUGGCGAUGGUCGCAGCGUGCGCGUUCGUGGUGCCUCGUUUGAGAGGAACGAGUACACGGUCAAGCUCGAAGGCGCCGAGAUGCUCGGCUACCGGACCACCUUCAUUGGCGGUGUGCGGGAUCCCAUUCUCGUGGACCAGAUUGACGACUUUCUGCGCAGCGUGCACGACUACACGGCGGAUCUCUUUCCUGAUCUCAAGGCUGGCACCGAGGAAUGCCAGUUGAUCUGGCACGUGUACGGAAAGAAUGCGGUCAUGGGUUCGCUGGAGACGCAGCACCUCGGCCAACGGGGCAACGCACACGAGCUGGGCGUCAUGGGCGAGGUCGUGGCGCCUACCCAAGAGCUGGCCGACGCCAUUGCGAGCUCGGCAAGGACGAGCUGCCUGCACAUGCCCUACGAAAAUCAGCUGGCGACCACGGGCAACUUUGCCAGUCCCCUCACGCCCCUCGAACAGCCCCUGGGCCCCGUCUUUAAGUUCUCAAUUUACCACCUCAUGUCCAUCGACGAUCCCUACCAGUGGCCCACGCAGGUCCGGACGAUUGGCGCCCCUGGCCUCACGAAAGACCCUCUUUCCACCGCGGCAGGCCUGGUCUCGACGAAGGGUGGCAGUCAUCUUCGCCCCUCUGGAGCGGUCGCGACGACAGUCAUCACUGUCGACACAUCCAAGACGGUCGCCCUGCGCCACCUCGCCAAAGUCGUGCGCUCCAAGAACUCGGGCCCAUUUGAGAUCACGCUGGACGUCAUGUUCACCGACGUCGGCCACUAUGCGCGGGUCAAAGAGGCCGGCGUGCUCAACAUGGAGAUGGUCAUGCGCCUGUACAGUGUUGCUCGGCACGACGUCAUCUGGGAGGGCUGGUUCGAGCCAGCGCUGGCAUGGAAGUGCACCAUCAAGAGGCCCUGGCGACAGGGCUCGGUCGGUGAGAGAGACACGCUUGGGACCGCUCAACAUGCGCCCCUGCUCGACAUCCAGGUGCCGGCUCGCGCAUGAGAAGCUUGUUCGAAUGGUGUUGCUGAUGCGACCGGAACUUCUGUACUUACGUUUGAUCUUAACCAACACCUCAAUGCGCG